CGGGUCGCUUCUAUUUGAACACCGGUCCCCAGUUUGACGGACGAAAAAAACAUCGCCCCUCUGUUGAGCCCGUCCGGUGGGAAUAGAACACCGCGAAGUGGCCAUGGAGUUGUAAGGGUGGAAGGCAGCUUUCAUAUCCUGAGAUUGGUUCGUACCAUUGGAGUAUGAGGAAGCCUGUGCCGCAGAAAGCUAUAGAGUGGAAAGAUGCAAGAAGGAUCAAGCAUGCCCGGAGUGGACGGCCCUCCAGGUUGCCUUCCCUUUUCCAAGGGCAUUUCAGUUGGGAGAAGUACCUAAAAGAGACAGGUGCCACUGCAGCACCUGCUUCAUGCUUCCGUCAGAGUCUUACGCCUCCCCUCAAUGAGUUUAAAGCCGGUAUGAAGUUGGAGGCUCAGGACCCGCGCAACACUACAUCCACCUGCAUUGCCACAGUUGUGGGCCUCACAGGGUCGCGUCUCCGCCUGCGCCUAGACGGCUCCGACAACAAGAACGACUUCUGGCGCUUGGUGGACUCGUCCGAGAUCCAGCCCAUCGGCAACUGUGAGAAGAGCGGCGGGAUGCUCCAGCCACCGCUUGGUUUCCGUCUUAACGCAUCCUCCUGGCCCUUGUUUCUUCUGAAGACACUAAAUGGAGCUGAGAUGGCACCUCCACGGAUCUUUCACAAGCAGGAACCUGCUGCGCCGGAGCAGAACUCCUUCCAAGUAGGCAUGAAGCUGGAGGCGGUGGAUCGCAAAAACCCUCACUUUAUCUGCCCAGCCACUGUGGGCGCACUGCGUGGAGUGGAGGUGCAGGUCACCUUUGAUGGUUGGCGGGGGGCCUUUGACUACUACUGCCGCUACGACUCACGUGACAUCUUCCCAGUCGGCUGGUGUGCACUUUCUGGGGAUAACCUGCAGCCGCCUGGAACAAAAGCGGUGAUGCUAAAGAGCAUUGGGCCCUUAACAGACAGCACAAUGGAGAACUCGGCCAUGCACACGACCCCUGUGGUAGGCAGACCUGCUUGUCAGAGGGGGCGUAAACCUAGCCGCAGGAAAGCCAAGGGGUCUUGGAGUCAAAAGGCCUCGGCCCCAGUACCACCAAGCAUUCAGACGAGCAAAAGCCUGGAGCCUGUUAAGAUCCCCAAAAAGCGUGGACCCAAGCCCGGACGUAAGUUGAGCUGGGUAAGGAGAGCUGGAUUUUUGCCAGACACCAUUGCCGGGCCAGGGCGGCCCACGGCAGGUCCAGGACGACCCCGCGGCAGACUCCCAGGCAACUGGGCGCAGAGGAUAGCCCUCCCACAGACACAGGACACACCCGUGAAGAUCCCAAAGAAAAGAGGCCCAAAGCCUGGCAGUAAGAGAAAACCUCGCCUCAUACCUAAUCCAGUCCCCACGUCUCCCACCAGCAGCACCCCGGAACCUGACACCAGCACUGUGCCCCUCGACAACGCCACCAUCCCCAAAUCUGCAUUACAGGCCCCCACAGUUUGUGUUUACCUAAACAAGCAUGGCAAGGUUGGACCCCAUCUGGACCAGCGGCGCAUCCAGCAGCUGCCAGACCACUUCGGGCCCGGCCGGGCUUCGUCUGUGCUUCAGCAAUGCGUCCAAGCCUGUGUUGAUUCUGGCCACAACCAGGCAACCAUCUUCUCCUGCCUUAAGCCCGGCCAAGGGGGUGAGGUCAUUUCAGCCUUCUUUGAGAAGCAACAGCACACGCUGACACUGCCCACUGUCAGCAGUGUCGCCUAUGUCCUCCGCUUCCUGGAGAAGCUCUGCCACAACCUUCACUGUGACCCACUGUUUGGGAGUCAGCCUGUGGCUGGAGAGAACCUGCACUCCGACGGACACACUUUCCAUAGAGGGGAGUCCGUGGAGAGUGCAGUGGUGGCAACAGUAGAGCACUUAAAGAAGAGCCCCCGCCCCCCGACUUCACAAAUGUUGGAGAGCCAAGUACAUCGCGACGGCACGUCAGGAUCAGGUUCCAGCCAGGACCCCACCUUCUGGAGCGUUGACGAUGUCAUGCGGUAUAUCCAAGACAUCGACCCAGUGCUGGCGCCGCAUGCCGACCUGUUUAGGAAACACGAGAUCGACGGCAAGGCACUGCUGCUGCUGCGUAGCGACAUGAUGAUGAAGUACAUGGGCCUGAAGCUCGGGCCCGCCCUCAAACUCACCUUUCACAUCGACAAGCUCAAACGAGCCUGAGGGGAGGAGCAGCAGGGCGCACAUAGGUCGCCUUCUAAAGGUCAUCACUUCCUUUAAGGAGCACAAUUUCACUCAUUACGCUCAUAGGUCGACAUCAUUAGAAUCACGUCCACCUCAUUCAAUGAGGAUGCUUUAUAUCAUGCAGCACAAUCCAGCCCCCAAGCCAGCAUGGGAUAUGUUGGGGGUUUUGUUUUAUUAUUAUGACAGUUAAACUGAUUAGCAGUUACAUGAAUUCUGUACAUUCCACCUUUUGUACUUUUAAUAUAAUGUAUUUUGUCUUUUUGUUGGGGAACGCAAAAUGAUAAAAUCAUUGCGUUUGAUCCCAAUAGUUGGGAAUGCUUUUAACACGUCUCUUUUUGAGGCAAACACAGCUACAUUUACAUUAACUAUAGCUGGAUGAAUUUCAUUUUUGUGUUUUCAUGUUUUGGUUUGUUUUUUUACACUAAAUGACAAACUAAUUCUGUCAUGACAAAAUCAGUUUUUUUUCUUGUCGAUGUUUACAUUAUUUGUACUUUCUAAAAAUGUUUUGAUACUAUAUUAUUAGAGUUCCUACAUGAAAAGAACUAUCAUGUGUCAAACUGUUUAAUAAAAGAUAUGAGAAUUUUA